CCACCUAACGACUGGCCCAAAUAGCAGGGCGUAGUGUAUUAUAAAACAGCUUGCGUUGCGCCCUUUCGAAGAUCAUAAUAAAAUUCCACCGGAUCGUCUCACCUUGCCUGUGAGGUCGCACCCUUCUUCAGUAGCGCCUCAUUCAAAAGCACCCAAACAUUGAUCCCCAAGUGGUUAAGCCAAGAUACUAGAAGUGAACCUCGUGUUGAGCUUCUGUUUAAUACUGGCGAUCCUCUCGUGGAAUCCAAAGUAUCAGAGCCGCAAGAGUUAAACUGUUUUCAGAUAUACACAUUAACAUCCAGUGACGCACGAGAGCGGUGGAAAUUUAGCAUGAAGUUGUGCGAAUAAGCGAGAAAACCACCAAACCACCUAAGCGACAACAAGAAGCCGAAAAGAGAAAAGAAACAAAUUUUGAGGAAGGAGUUGGGAAAGAGUAUAGGCCAGGCCAAAAUACUGCUUUUGGGGCAUCACUUCGUUGGCGGAGUCUGAAGCGAGCGGUCACGUCACAAAAUUCGGUCGCAACGGCAUCAACCGCGGAACGCGUGUUUUCAUAGGUGCUUCCUCCCGCGGAAUGGAUAUGUGUUUUGAUUGGUGAAUUGUCUCAACUGAGAAGAGCAAGGUGCAGUGACAUUCUGUCCGUGGUUAAUAGUUGUGUUCUAGCACUCGGAAAUGACAGUGGGAAUAGUUAACACCAUGCAGUUCGUUGCUGGCAAUUCUGCCGAAAAUACCAUGGAAGCAAAGGAAGUGAAAACAAAGGCUGUCAUCAGCGAUUCAAACAACAACGAGAUUAUCCUGGGGGAUGACCAGCGCAUCACCAAACAGGAUGUCGAUGCCUACCUGAACCACUACAACAAGUGGAAACAAACUGCAUGGGGCCACCGAUUGACCAGGAUCCUGCAGGAUAGGUUCGGGUAUGAGUUCGAAGCCGAGAUUAAGUGGAAUAAUGUGUUGAUGAUUGGACUGUUCCACCUGGUCGCGAUCGGUUCCUUCCUGCACUAUGUGCUACGAUCAACCCUGGUCACCUAUCUGUGGGGUUUCUUCGUGGGAGGCUGCGCCGGCUUUGGUGUGACAGCCGGUGUGCACAGACUCUGGUGCCACAAGGCCUACAAGGCGAAACUACCGCUCAGAAUCAUCCUCAUGGUUUGCUACUCGAUCGCCGGUCAGAACACCAUCUACGAUUGGGUGCGUGACCAUCGGAUCCACCACAAGUACUCGGAAACCAAUGGCGAUCCACACAACUCGAACCGUGGCUUCCUGUAUGCUCACGUCGGCUGGCUGAUGCUCCGGAAGCACCCGGAAUGCAUAAAAAAGGGCCAUCUGAUAGAUAUGAGUGACAUCGUGAGCGAUCCGGUCGUACAGUUUCAUCACAAAUAUUUCAUCCUGAUGAAAAUCUUGUUCUGUUUCUUCCUACCCACCUUCAUCCCGUGGUACUUCUUCGGCGAAACGUUCCAGCUGGCCUUCUUCAGUCAGUGCUUCGUGCGUUACGUCCUCAGCCUGAAUUUCACCUGGCUUGUGAAUAGCGCUGCGCAUCUCUACGGCAAUAAACCCUAUGACAAACGCAUCCAACCGGUGGAGAACAAGGCAGUUUCGAUUGUCGCCAUGGGCGAAGGCUGGCACAACUAUCACCACGUGUUCCCCUGGGACUACAAGGCAGCCGAACUUGGCAACUACUCCGUCAACGUGACCACCUUCUGGCUGGACCUGUUCUCCAAGAUUGGAUGGGCGUACGAUUUGAAGGAACCAUCGAAGGAGCUGGUCAGGACGAUGAUCGAGAAAUACGGCGAUGGAACCCACCUAACCGUUCCGAUCAAGGAACUGGUUGAGGUUCCGGAUCCGAACGAAAAUAAGUGCAAAUCGUUGUAAUCCGGAUGAUUGGCUCUUUUGUUCUUAAAUGUGAUCGACCAAAUUCUUUGGGUUGUUUCGGUUAAGUGGAUAGGCUAGGAUCGGAUAGCUUUAGUAAUAGUUCUAAGGCGGGUUUCGUUAUUUUUUUUAGGAAACCAAGAUGCGAUAAUAUAAUUUUUGUAACAAACUACCUUAAUCAA